AACAAAGGCGGAGAAACAAGGAGAGAGAGAGCCUCAUGCAGAAUGCAUGAGACACCAGAGAGGAUGAACUGAGCAGAUGCAGUUUUUUUCUGGAGGAUUUCUGAACCCAUCCCGUUAAAUCUUCAUUCAGUAGGACAUUACAUUCAAAGUCAAGCCGCGGAGGAGGAAUGAAAUAAGAAGGAGGUAGGAGAGGAGGCACCAGGAAGCUAACAGGAAAGGGGCCGGGCUCCUUUGACAAUGAUCCUCACCAACAGGGAGUUUGUCAGUGUUGACUUUCCUCUGUGGACUUGGUGUUCAGUACUGAGCGUUUAGCUACGGCUGCUGUCAGGGGGACACAAACUGCACAGUGACUCCGUCCCCAGCUGGUCCUCAGCAUGCAGAGUGUACAGGAGGAGUGCAGAGAAUGUUGUGAUGGCCGAGGAGGAGGUGAUGGUGGGAUUAAAGUGGGGAACAGAGCGGUUCCAGAGAUGAAGAAUGGAGGAGGAGGAAGAGAGGAAGAUGUGGGGAAGGAGUCUCUGAUGAUGGAGCUAACCAGGCUGGUGCAGAAGGUGAUAAAGGAGAGCAGUUGGUGGGAAAGGAGGGGAGUGGACUGCAGUAUCCUGACUGCAUCUUUCCUCUGCCUGCCUCCUGCCUUCCUGCUGCUGGGCUCCUCCCAGCUGCUGUGGUUUAUGUUGGGGAUGCUGUUGAUGGGCUUGGCUCACGCUGUCAUCAACGUCAAAGGGACACAUCUGGCCAGCCACGGGGCACUCAGCGAGUCGCAGACCUGGGGAAGGUUCUGGGCCAUCUUCUUCAUUGAGAUUUGUGGCUCAUUCUCAGCCAAAGCUGGCAUGCAUGGCCACAUUAAGAUGCAUCAUGCACACACUAACGUCAUUGGACUGGGCGACUCCAGCAUCUGGAAGGUCCCUUUUCUGCCUCGCAUUGUCUACCUGUUCAUAGCCCCCAUAUCUGUGCCUGUCAUCACUCCACUGGUUGCCCUUGCCCAUCUUAAAGGACAUUCUUUAGGUGUGGUUGUCCGGACAGUCCUGAUGAUAGCACUGGGCCUGUAUUCACAGUACUGGCUACUCAUCAACAUCUCCGGGUUUAGGUCAGUGCAUGGAGCCUUGUUCUGCAUGCUGGUGUGCAGAGCUAUGUUGUCUGUGCCAUACAUCCACGUCAACAUUUUCCAGCACAUUGGUCUGCCGAUGUUCUCUCCAACAAGACGGCCAAAGAGGAUUUACCAGAUGACACACGGAGUGCUGAAUCUUCCCCGUAACCCUCUGUUGGACUGGACGUUUGGACACUCUCUGAUCAGCUGCCAUGUGGAGCACCACCUCUUUCCCUUUCUGUCAGACAACAUGUGUUUAAAGGUGAAGCCUGUUGUGUCAAAGUACCUGAAUGAAAAGAAGCUCCCAUACCAGGAGGACACCUACCUGUCCCGUCUGCACUUGUUCUUCAGCAAAUACCAGGAGUUGAUGGUGUUCGCUCCACCCAUCACAGAGUUGGUGGGAGUGCAAUGAUCCAGGGAGGACGAUGUCAGAAUUAGUUAGGACUCCUGAUACGUUUCAACUUAUAUCAUGCUCUUUAAAAACAGCCUUUAUAACACAACACAGGCACUAAAACAAUAUGUACUGUAGAUAGUUUAAAUUAUGAGUGAUGUAUUUAAAACAUUAACUGACUCCAGGCUUACACUUUAGCAGAUGAUUUAAUAGGUAACACCAAUAUUUAACCCAAAAACAUUUUCUCUAAUUAGGAGCCUUAAUCAAACACUUCUUGUACCGACCUGGUUUCUGUCUCGUGAAUCCUUUACCACCAUUCCCACUUACCUCGUACAUGUACUGUAUCCUACCUCAGCUGAAGUUGGGAAAUCUUGUUUUCACUAUGACAAAGCUGAUAAAGGUGGUGAUUUUCCUGUACAUUUACUAAGCAAAGUUGGAAUACUGUUGAAUAAAGAGAUGACAUGGUGAGAAAUAUGAAGGGUUUCUUUGUGCAAAAAACACAAAUCCUUCCGAGACUGCAGUUAUCAAAUUGUUUUCUUUUGCCCUAUUUAAAAGGCAUGUACCAAUGUAACAAUGGCACUUAAACCCAAGUUAGCUACUUCAUGUAUAUAGGUGUAUGAAUGUGUUUGUGAGAGUGAAAGUGGCUCUAGUGUAAAGUGCUUUGAUUGGUCUCUAUGAGGAAUAUACCAUGCACUUUUCUAAAGCAAAAACGAAACAAAAAAACUUUUUUUCCCCCCAAGAAAUGCUUUUUUAUGUAUGUGUGAUUACAGAAGUGACUGCAGUUAUUACAUUUCUAAAAGAUUGUUUUAACUUAUCAUCAAUAAUGGAAUAACUUCUUACGUUAUUGGCUAAACAUUAUAUUAUUGGCUCCAAAACGUUAUUACAUUGAAGUCAUUUGCAUUAUUUCAAUUUGUGUGUUAUUGGGCAACAGACUUCAACUACAGAGGUGGAGUGGUUAAAUCUUUCUUCCUCAUGGGAACCCUUCAGUCACUACAAAUUCUGUUAAAACCAGUUCAUUACAUCUCUCUUUCUCCUUCACAAAUUUAAACACAACACCUUUGGAAAAAUCCUGGAGUGUGGGAUCAUAGAAUCCUAUUUCAAAGGAUUAAGCUUCAAACCCAGGCUUUUAGCCAGUCAGCUGCUGAAACCUUUAAAGUUUUAACCCAGUUAGAGCUUAGAUCUCAGACACUGUGUAUAAUGUCAGGCUUUACUUUCAUUUGGUAUGUUAUACUGUGUGGAAUUUGUUUUCCCUCUUUCCAUGGGUUUGUGUUUUUUUUUUUUUUUCUUAAUCAUGGAAUACCUUUGAUUUCAAAUGUAAUAAACUAAAGUCUUCGUUUUUGUUAAAAUAGCUAAAUAUUGUUUUACAGACAAAGGAAAGAUGUCUUUGCUUUGGCUUUAAACAUUGAGUAUUUGUGAUUGAAAGGUUGUUGGGGCUUACCAAAUGGACCUACAAAGGCGAUCAAAGGCUACAUUUGGGCAGAACCUGUGGGACCAGUGAAUGAAAGACAACCUGAAAAAGCCAUCAAAAGGUCUUCAAAAAGAGACUGAUGCUGCAGUCAUGUGAAAGAAUUAGGACACCCCAUGGCAGUCUGUGUUCUUAUAACAUAUUUGGACAAUAUGUAUAUAUCAAUACAGAAAACUAUAAAGGAAUGCAAAUAAACAAUAAAAAUAUUUUUUAAAUAA